UUGGUCCGUUGUAAAGAGUUUCCCGAUUAUUGUUGCUGCCCAAAGCUGCUGCGUACCAAGUCUGUCCACCUGAAACCGCGUGCUAGUCUUAUUUUGGAUAUCCCACACUGCUUCCGUGGUUAUUCCUGAAACUAUUAUUGUCUUGAUCAGUCAAUAAUUGUUGCUUUUUGCUUUUUCUUACCUUUUCUUUUCCACUUGAUCUUGGGACAACAACAAGAUGGCCACUGCUAUGCAUGACGACGAAUACCGCUCCAUGCCCCCUACCGGGGGCGAAGGCUGUCGCCCUCCUGGCGACCACCUUGAGACAGGCCGAGCUGUCGACCCCCACUCGUCCGUGGAGGACUACAGCCGAGUCAUGCUCGAAUACACCCAACGCCGGAUGGCGGAUUUCACCGACCUAGACGACGAAAAGGGAUCCAGCCGGAGCAGCCGCAGCAGCCAAACCAGCGGCAAUAGCGGCAGCUCGACCAGCGGCAUGCUUGCCCGUCAAGCUGCCGGCGCGACUAGUGCGGCUCACGAUAGCUCCGAAUCUACCAGACGCAAGUCCGGCGUGAACUCGGCCGACCUGUCCUUCUGAAGGCUUACCCGGGUGAGGAAGGGGCAGCUGUAGUGGCUGCUUCCCUCAUCUGGCUUGGGGACGAGUUCACGAAUUACGUUUUACGGUGGAGUCUGUGGACAAUCUGGGGAGGCACGUCGUCCAAGAC